GGCUUUGGGUUCGAGGGAGUCAACUCUCUUGAAGCGUAGGGACUGCUGGGGGACAGCUGUGGAAACGUAAGCAGGGAUGGCAACGAGGCUGGGAUGCUUGCGAGCGCGGGUUAUAAGCGCGGGAAUCGCGCGUCAUUCCCCUGCCUCCCCCGCCGAGUUCCGGGAUGGUCCACGCCAGCAGCGCGCGAGGCUUGAAGAACAGGACGUGGCGCGCCUCUGUCAGGCAGCUUCCCGUUAGCGCGGCCCUAUGGAUUCUCAGCGGGCUGAGGCCCGCGCUUUGGAAGCCGAGAUCACCGCUUUGAGGCGGGCGUGCGUGGAGCCGCCGGCGCCCGGGGAAGACACCUCCCGAGUUCGAAAAUCAUUUCGAGAAAUAUACCAAGCAGAUUCUGAAGGAUGGGAAUUGUCAAAAGAUCUGAGAAGUCAUCUUGGACAUUUAGAAUCAGAACUUCAGUUUCUAAGUACGCUUACUGGCAUCAGUAUAAGACAUUACUCCAAGAAGACAGAGGACCUAACGAGCACUGAGAUGACAGAAAAGAGUAUAAAGAAAGUUCUGCAGAGACACAGAUUAUCAGGAGAUUGCCACAUGAUUACGUUUCAACUUGAAUUUCAGCUUCUGGAAAUCCAGAAUGAGGAGAGUUUAUCUUCUGUUAUUACUGACCUCAGCAUAAUAAUGGAACCCACUGAAUAUUCAGAAUUAAGUGAAUUUGUGUCUAGAGCAGAAGAAAGAAGAGAUUUGUUUAUGUUUUUCCGAAGCCUACACUUCUUUGUGGAAUGGUGUGAAUAUCGUAAGCGCACAUUUAAACGUUUCAAGGAAAAGUACCCAGAGGCUGUGCACCUUUCAGAGGGGGCCUCCUCCAGCUGCAUGGGCAUCAGGAGCCCCAGCCGACCAGGGUUUGAACUAGUAAUUGUUUGGAGGAUACAAAUAGAUGAAGAAGGGAAGGUUUUGCCAAAGCUGGAUCUUCUCACCAAAGUGCCACUGCAAGCCCUGGAACUGGACAAGAACGGAGUCAUAGAAACUGCUCCUCUCAGCUUCCGAACCCUACUGGGCGUGCUGGGCAUUGAAGCCACUCUGGAAAGUCUGAUUAAAUCACUUCACACAGAGGCAAGCAACUAGUUCCCAAACAAACAGUGAACAACUACACGUAGAAAAAGUGGACAAUUCUGUGCCUGCCAAGAAGCAGGACUCCUGGGAAUGUCUAGUUCAAAAGCAUCAGAAAAACGGGUGGCUGGCAGCCAGUGACGAGAUCAUCUUGACCCAGGAACACACAUCAGAAGAUUGUGAAACAUUCUGCAAAACUGUGUGUGGGGUUUGGCACCCUGAAGAUCAAUGCUGAAGAUGCCAUCUAAUCACUGAGAGAAGAUUAUCAGGUUCAUCCCAAAUUCCUAAAAAAGGCAGAGAAGGGACUGAAUAAUGAUGUCCAGGAAAAGAUGCUGCAAAGAGGAAGCAGAACAAUGGAAUGUUGUUUUAAAGGCUUCGAAAUGACUAUAAAGGUUGGCACAUCAGGACCUGGUAAAAGGAGGAAAAAUAAGGCCCACAGGAACCUACAGCUUCUUGGGCCUCUGAGCCAUGAUGGUAGCUUGGGGUUUUCUUUGAGAGAAAGGAAUUUGGACCACAGUAUCCAAGCCCUUGAGAUAUUUUCUUAGAAAAUAAUAGUAAACUUGAGUGAACAAGCUUUUAAAAUUAUUCUCAAUAAUGUCUUUUUGACUGUAUUACAAACUUCUAAAGAGCAAGAGUUAAUAAUCCCCAUGAUAUCAAGUAGGCCUUGGAAAUCGGCCUCUGUUUAAUAAACAUGAUCCUGCCAGAGCCUCUCUAAAUAUAGGGACACCAACUCUCUUGCCAAUCCACAAAACCCUUCUAGACCAAG